AUGUUAUUAUUACAUAAUUAUAUCCUCUUUAUUUUAUACUUAAUACCUUCUAUAUAUUGUAUUGGACGUGGUUUUUUCAAAUUAUCUUCUAAUUCAUAUAAUGAAUGGAAUCCUUCAACACAACUAUCUUCUUCAUCAAUAGGAUCAUCUAUUUCAUUACCAUAUUCAAGUGAUACAAAUUCAUAUGCUUAUUGGAAUUGUCAUACUAUUCCACCUAACAUGACAUUAUGUAAAAGUGUAGGUUAUUCACGUAUGGUAUUACCAAAUUUUUUACAUCAUGAAUCAUUACGUGAAGCUAUACAACAAGCUAAUGUAUGGAUUGCAUUAGUGAAUACAGAUUGUCAUCCUGAUAUUCAACGAUUUUUAUGUUCAUUAUAUGCACCAGUUUGUUUAAAAAGUCAUCAAGAAGCUAAAAUACCACCAUGUUGGGAAUUAUGUAAUCAAGUACGUAAUGCAUGUUUACCUAGAAUGAAAUUAUUUGGAUUUGAUUGGCCAGAUAUAGUACAUUGUCAACAAUUUCCACGUUUAGCUGAAAGUAUGUGUAUACCACCACAAGAAAAAAGUACAGCGGUAACAUGUGUACCUUGUGAACAAGCAAUUACUUUAGAAAAUAUUGCCAGUAGUUAUUGUAUGGCUGAUGUAGUUCUUAAAGCUUCUGUCAAAGAUAUGAUUUUACAACCGAAUCAAGCAUCAAUCAUAUUAAAUUUAACACCAAGAACUUUAGCAUUAAAAUUAAUACGUAAUGAUGGUACACAAUUAAGUAAUAUUGAUCAAUAUCGUCGUAAACGAAAUAGUCGAAGAACAAGAACAAAAAGAAGAAGAAGAAGAAGACGUAAUCACUUGAAUAAUCAUGAUAAUGAACUGGAUCCAAUGUAUCAAUUAAGAACAAGAAGAGAAUUGAAAGUACCCAGACAAAAUCAAUACAAGUCAAAAUUAAUCAAUGUCAAUGAAGGACUUCAUCAUCAUCAUCAUCAUCAUCAAAGAAUUGAAUCUAAGACUAAAAUAAAACGACAUCGACAACCAAGAAAUUCACAAUUACAUGAUUUAGAUGGUAUUAAUGAAUUAAUUUUAAGUUGUUCAUCAUGUAAUCCAUUAUUACCAUUUAUAAAUGGACAUUUCACUUCAUCAUUAUCAAAUCAAAAAUGGCUUAUUAUGGGUAGACGUAUACAAGAUUCAAAUACAAAAAAAUAUACGAAUCAAUUACAAGUAACUUUCUUAGGUUUAUGGAAUCGUGAAUCAAUUGAAUUUCGUCAAUCAUUAAAUGCUAUUCGUAAAGAAUCAGCAUCACAUUUAUGUAUAAAAAUCAAGCAAGUCUAUCUAAUCUAGUUCAACCACAAACUAUACAAAAUCAUCAUCAACAACAUCUUGGGAGACCAUUAAAAAUUCUACGUUCAGCUCCAUCUGAAUUAUCUGAUUCACCAAAUUAUAAUGAAUUCAAUAAACCAUUAUCUAAUUUAAAUCUAAAAACUAAAUUAAACAACCAUCACAAUUAUCAUAUCCAUCUCAUUUAUCUACAAAUCAGAAUACUACUAAUAAUGAUUUCAGUAGUCAUUUUAAUCUUGAAUUAAAUAAUGCACAAACUACUUAUUUAAAUGAAAUUCAUCAAUUACAAAGACAACAUCAACGACCACAACAACAAAGAACACACAAAUCAAAGUUUCGUGAGCGUAGAAAAAAGUGGAAAUCAUCAACAGACAGAGUUUUGUUGAAAUCUAAUUCACAAAAUCAAUAUGAUACUAAUCUUUAUGGUUAUCAAUCACCAAUAAAUCCUUAUUCGGAUUAAACAAACCCUCCAGUUUUAUAUUCUGGUUUGAUGUGUCAUAACUAUCUAUCAUUAAUUAAAUAAUUAGACUCUUAUAUACAGGGUCCUUAUAAGUAACCUUAACUUAAU